GCUGCGCACGCAGGGGCACUGCAACGCGGAGGAGCAGGAUGGAGAUCCCGGUGCCUGUGCAGCCGUCUUGGCUGCGCCGUGCCUCAGCCCCGUUGCCCGGACUUUCGGCGCCCGGACGCCUCUUUGACCAGCGUUUCGGGGAGGGGCUGCUGGAGGCCGAGCUGGCUGCGCUCUGCCCCACCACCCUCGCGCCCUACUACCUGCGCGCACCCAGCGUGGCGCUGCCCGUCGCCCAGGUGCCGACGGACCCCGGCCACUUCUCGGUGCUGCUGGACGUGAAGCACUUCUCGCCGGAGGAAAUUGCUGUCAAGGUGGUGGGCGAACACGUGGAGGUGCACGCGCGCCACGAGGAACGCCCGGAUGAGCACGGAUUCGUCGCGCGCGAGUUCCACCGCCGCUACCGCCUGCCGCCUGGCGUGGAUCCGGCUGCCGUGACGUCCGCGCUGUCCCCCGAGGGCGUCCUGUCCAUCCAGGCCGCACCAGCGUCGACCCAGGCCCCACCGCCAGCCGCAGCCAAGUAGGGGGCUGGGCCGCGCCCGCACUCCGGGAGCGUCCUCAGGCUCCCUCUAUUGAAGCCGAUCUGACUCCGCCCAGCCAGAUGUCCCGAGCGCGCCAAGAACUGUCCUCUCACCCACUCCUGGAUUCUGCCCUGACCUCCACCCUGGACACUGCCUUGAUAACCUAGACCCUUACACUGACACCCUGGCUCUCACACCCCCUCCAGCUUUCGGACCCCACACCCACACCUCCCCGGCUUCCAGACCCUUCCAGCACUACCCUCACCCUCAGCCAACAGUCUCAGCCCCACCGACCCACUUUCUUGGCAUAUAGCCCCACUUAAGACCCCUUCUCUACUUCCUUCUGAGUCCUCUAUGAAGAUAUCCGGGUACUACAUUUCCAUCCCUUGCCUGUUUUGACACCUAAUUAUGGUGUAGACAGCCCUCCCCCAACCCCAGGCCUGUCAGGCACAAUCCCCCCACCUCCCAAAUGUCCUGGACUGCACAGACUUCCCACUCCAGACCAUCCAGGCCUGGUUCCCACGACCUGAUCCUUCCCCUACAACCAGACAGUCCACAACUGCCCCGCUCCAGCCCAUUUUCUGCUGUGAAACCCCAGCCAGCCACACCAGACUCUGGAACCCUUUUCUGACCACCCCAAUUCUUGGACACCCAUCCCAGGCCAACCAGAACACCCAACCCCAAACUGUACAGACUCUCCCACCCAAACCUCCCCAGACACUGCACGAAUGUCCUAGGCCUCCUCCCUAACUCUAACCAGACCCCGUCCCCGUAAGUCCCUUUGUCUUGACCCCCAAGUCUUCAACCAGAUAAUCCUCGGCAACCCACCUCUCACCCUCCUCCUCUUCUCCUUCAAGACCCAGCUGAGCGCCGGCUCUGAUUCCCUACAGCCUUUCUCCCUGCCACGACUCCCUUACUCUUUCCCAGGCUCACUCUCCCAAUAAAUGUGCUAGAGCUCUGCCA